UCUCCUCCGUCUGAGGAGCGUCAGGAACGUCUCCUCCUCUGAGAUGAUCUGUCUGGUUCUCCUCCAGGCCUUCAUGACCCAGAACACGCCCAAACAGAACGAGCACUGCCUGAAGAACUUUGACCUGGCCGAGUACCGGCAGAUUCUGAGCGACCUGUCCAUCCAGAUCUACCAGCAGCUCAUCAAGGUGGCCGAGGGCAUCAUCCAGCCCAUGAUCGUGUCGGCCAUGUUGGAGAGCGAGAGCAUUCCCAGCCUGGCCGGAGUCAAGUCCAUGGGCUACAGGAACCGUUCGUCCAGCAUGGACAUGGACGCGGACGGGCCCACCACCUACACCCUGCAGGGCCUCAUCCGGCAGCUCAGCCAGUUCAACAGCAUCAUGAGGGACCACGGACUGGACCCUGAGGUGGUGGGCCAGGUGGUCCGCCAGCUCUUCCACUGCAUCAACGCCUUCACCCUCAACAACCUGCUGCUGCGUAAGGACGUCUGCUCCUGGAGCACGGGCAUGCAGCUCAGGUACAACACCAGUCAGCUGGAGGAGUGGCUGCGAGCCAACAACCUGUUCCAGAGCAAAGCUUCGGCCACGCUGGAGCCCAUCAUCCAGGCCGCCCAGCUGCUGCAGGUCAAGAAGAAAACGUCUCAGGACGCCGAGGCCAUCUGCUCGCUGUGCACGGCUCUGACCGUGCAGCAGGUCAGUGGUUCUGCAGCAGGUCAGACGUUCUGCAGCAGGUCAGACGUUCAGCAGCAG